CUGAACUCAGUGGAAGUUCCCUGCAAGUUGGGAUGACCGGACCGAGUCACCGGCGUCGAGGAGGGUAUCGGAAUUCACAAAACUCCGCGGCUGAGGAGAUAACAAAUCGUGGAUUAUCUCUGUGGAAACGAUGGGGACUAGAACUGGGAGACCUUGAGUGACAUCACUGCACCUCUAUGUUCAUCUGCCAUUAAGGAAUCUUUUGCCUUUGAUGGCACAGGGGUUGUUGCCCCACCUCUACCCCUGACAUCAGGCAAAUGACCACCAUGGAUUCACGUCCGGCUUCCGUCGCCGUGCAGCCGCCUGCAUCAGCGCCUCCGCCUCCACCGCCGCCACCUCCGCCGCCUCCUCUUGCACCUCCACCUUUAUGCGCCGCGUCAUCGCCGUUCAGCCGAGCGGACAGCGCUCGCCGCAGCCGGCUGAGGAAGCUGAAUUGGGAGCGUAUCCCCAAAGAAAAGGUGGAGGGAAGGAAGAGUGUUUGGAGCGGCGCUGGCCUUGGCGAGGACGACUUUCCUAUAGACCUGCACUCUCUGGACGAGUUGUUUGGGCAGAAGGAGAGUAAACCUCAGGAGAGAAGCAGCACUUUGAGACGGCGUUCAACUCUGCUCCGCUACAGAACCCACGAGGAAAACUCGGAGGAGAUAUCUAUUUUGGACUCCAAACGGAGCAUGAACAUUGGAAUCUUCCUGCGGCAGUUUAAGAUGCCUGCUAAGGAGAUAGUGGAGGAUAUCAGACAUGGUGUUGGGGAUCGGUAUGGUGCGGAGAAGCUCACAGAACUCCACAAGCUUCUGCCGGACAAUGAGGAGGAGUCCAGGCUGAGGAGGUUCAACGGGGACCGCAAUUGGCUUGGAGAGCCCGACCUAUUUAUGCUGCUCCUAGUGGAAGUCCCCAGCUAUCGCUUACGUUUGGAUGCCAUGAUCCUGCAACAGGAGUUUGACCCUGCUGUGACCUCUCUGUGUGUGGCAGCCACAUGUCUGCGGGAGGCGGCACGAGAAUUGUUGAGCUGUCCUGAACUGCACUCCAUCCUGCGCUUGGUGCUCAAAGCUGGGAACUAUAUGAAUGCUGGAGGAUAUUCAGGGAAUGCUGCCGGCUUCAGAAUUUCAUCACUGCUCAAACUGGCUGACACCAAAGCCAACAAGCCAGGCAUGAAUCUGCUGCAUUUUGUUGCGAUGGAAGCUGUGAAAAAGGACUCAAGCUUACUGUCAUUUCCUAGCCAACUAGGCCAUGUUGGCCCCGCCUCUAGGUUGAGUGAGGAAUCUCUCUUGGAAGACUUAUCCAAGCUCAAAGGCAGAUUAUCGGCACUGAAGGCAAGCAAACAGUCAGAAACUGAGAUUCAGCAACACGUACAAUCUUUUUUGGAGGUGACGGAGGAGAGACUGAAGGAGGCAGAGGACAAAGUGGAAGGCAUGAGGAUGUCAAGUCAGGCUUUGGUGGAGUUUUUCUGCGAGGACGACAGCAUGUUCAAACUGGAGGAAGCUUGUAAAGUCUUCCAUAUAUUUUGUCUCCGCUUCCAAAAAGCUGUCCAGGAGAAUGCGGAGCGGGAGCUGAAGGAGCGGAAACGUCUGGAGCGUCAGCAGCAAGUGAAAGAGAAGCGUCGCUCUUUGGCAGUCUGUACAGGACUGGACUUGAGUCUCAGUCUGGCCAGAGAGUCGCCAUGCGAAGAAAACCAGGACGAUUUGGAGAAGGUUUUGGAGAAGAACUUAAGCCACACGUGGAAUCGCCGAAGCCUGAGAAGCUCUGACUCUCGCAGAUACUCGCACCACAUCCAAAGUGAAAGCCCGUUUCACAGUAUAUCGGCGCUCAAGAGCUUCCCAGAGUUGGGAAGUAGCCCCACAUCAACUAGUUGUCACUCUAACAGCUCGUCAGACUACGACACCAGUGCUGUGCUCUGUAGUUCUCCGGAGGCUGAUGGUGCUUUUUCCCCUGUGGACCCGGGCAACCUCUUGGUGAAAGCCAACAGAGCACGGUGCAACAACUACCCAGUUACCAAACACAGUGUAAAGAGCACUCAGGACACUCAAGCGACUCCAUUCAGCCAUCCACAAAACUGCUUUACAGUGGAGCAGCAUGGUCCUGGGAGCAUCUCGUUUUCACUUCGAGGUCAUUCAAGUGCAAGAGAAUCAGGUGGAUUUAUGAAACUGGAUGAAGUCUCAAACGAACCCAGGAUGACCACAAACUCAGACUUAACUUCACCGUGCGUUACGAGUCAUGGCCCUACGAAAGCUUUUGAGGCCCCAAGACAUUCCAGUGAUAAAUCCCAGCCAAUAAAUAAGACUGGAGUGACCCUUCAUAAUGAAAGCAAAGCAGGACAUUUUGGAAGUCCAAGGCGACAAUUACAUCUGUUCCUGAACGGCCCAGCUGAAUUGGAAGCAAACGCACCGGAGAAGUGGACGGCUGUCGAGGCAAACGAUGAAUUGCAUUCACCAGAUUACAGUCUGAGAAAGAUAUCAGAAGCAGAGCGGUGUUCAGUGCCUGGCAGGGACGACUGGAAGAGCCCGAGUCUGCCAGAGGUCGUCCAGAGUCAGCCUGAAGAGGCUCCUGAGUUAUCCUGUCCUGACAGAGAAGCCACAAAGACGUUUAACCGUGUUGCAGAAACUGUGGAGUGCCACACUUUGGUGAAAGGUCUUCGAUCUUAUGACACGCUGUCACCUCCAACAUCACCUCUCCCACGGCCUACACCCAGUCUCUGUUCCAAAUGGAGGAAGGAGAGAGAGGUGGGCUUUCAAGAAGGGAAAUCAAGUGUGGAUGGGAUAUCAAAGGAGGAGACCAGAACGGUAAAGGCUCCCGUGCGUAGUGGGAUUGGGGCCAAAAGAGGACUUGGGUCAAGACCAUCCAGCAGCACAGGUAUUCCCAGAGUUCGUUCCAAAACCGAGCAGUCAAACAGUGUCCGAACUCCAACGACGUCAUCACCUUCCAGUCGGAUGUCAAGCCGCAGCACGUCCAUGCGAACGCCACUUGUUACUCCGCCACCUGCUGCAAAGUCAGACGUGAAGAGAAGCAGCAGCUCCAGAGAUAGGACUCACUCGGUAAUGGAGCCACCGGCGGCAGGAAAGCUCCACCUCAAUCGCAGGACCACUGAAAGGUCUGCACUGGAGAAAGUCUCAGGUAGUUCUCAGUCAACAUUCGUCAGAGGAAGCCCUCUUCGAGUAUCCAAACGGGUUGCGCCCAAAUCGGAGACUCAAAUUCCCUCCCAAGCUCAGACUUCCCACAGUCCGUCCUCGGCGACGGCGAAGACCAUACGCACAGCUGUCAUAUCUGCAGCACGAAAUAAAACCACCAAAACAACGAGCACGGGUGUGUCCCCGCCAAACUCUAAAUCUGCCGCAGCUUCGCGAAUCCCGGGUCCCAAAGUGUCUCAAAGUGUCACUGCCCAUAAAAUGUGGAGAUGAUAGAGAGCUGAAUGUUUAUUCGCUGUUUUGGAAUUUGUGCUGGGAUGUGGCGAUCGUGAGUAUUUAUUACUGCAGCGCCACGUGUUACUUGUAUGCAAGCAAGUACGCAGUUGUUUUAAUCUGCCCCAACCAACCCUCUGAAUCUACCUCAAAUGUUAAACACCAUGUCCAGCACAUAUAAUGUUAUACAGCGAAGUUCACAUGUGAAAAAUACAUCUCUAAAAAGUGUUAUUUAAAAAAAACAUUUUUAAAAAGUGGAUUGUUUGACAUGCCUUGACAAGAGCAGAAAAAGUCUUAAACUUUUAUUCUGUUGACAAUAUGCCUUAUGCUCUGAUGCACUUUACACACUGAAGAAGACACUACAAGAUAAUGUACUGUUUCAGUAACUUGUGUUCAUGUUAAGAUGUUUAUCCCUCUGUAACAUUUUGGCUGUGUACUGCAUUUGUUAUAAAGAGUUGUAAAUAGUGAAACUAAAAUAAAAUUUGCCUUCAUGUCAACGUCUGGAGGAAAAAACAUUUAUACAGUUGUGAUUCG